AUGAAGAAGAUGCUGCCGCAGUUUCCCACCUUUUUCCGCCUGCUCUUUGAGAAAUAUUUUGGCUCCUCUGGAAAGACUGAUUCGCCCUACUGGGUGAUUCAGAAUCGCAAUCCUGCUAACAACGGGUGCACCGUCCACGCUGGACGGGUUCUCGCGACGUGGGAGGCUGGUUGGGCCUAUCAGCUGCAGCUUCCAAGCCUGGAAACCAGGGGUCUUUUCGAUUUCAACGGCUCCUGGACCGACGGCGCUGUCACAGACAAUUGCAGCGCACACGGGAAGCAGGAUCCGGAGACAGGCCAACUGAUCACCAUCUCCUACAACAUGAUCGAGCUUCCCCCGUGGCUGCGAGUUAUCACAGUCAGUGCUGAAGGAACCCUGGAGAACACUGUGAAGAUACCGCUGCCUUCUGGUGCUGCCCUUCUGCACGAUUUCGGUAUCACCAGCAGUCGCGUGGUCCUCAAUGUUGGACCUUUAAAUCUGGUUCCCAUGAAGAUGGUCACUGGCGCUCCUCCAUUUGACUACGAUUUUUCAGCCAAGUGCUAUUUUGGAAUCUUAAAUCGCUCUUCCAAGUCUUCAGAUGAUGUCAUCUGGAUCGAGGCUGAGAAUUGCUUCAACUUUCAUGUGUUAAAUGCCUACGAUGAUCCAGCGGACCCUGACAGGGUGGUCGUACACACCUUCCGCCAGGAUUACACCCUGGGCCUUGGCAUGGGUUCCAAGCUGCACGAGGAGGCGCGGGCAUCGCCCCAUGGACAGCGGCUGCAGGGGGACACGGCCGUCCUGCAUCGCUGGGUCCUGGACGUCAAGGAAGCGAAGGUUGUGGAAAGCACGCGCCUCCAUUCGCCACCCGAAGAAGCUUCGAGGAGCUGGCUAUCUGACUUUGGGGCAGUGAACCCCCACUUUGUCGGCCGCCCGCAUCGCUACGGCUGGUCCUUGGGAUUUGCUUCGGAGAUCCAGCAGGGCGCGCCAGUGCCAGAGGGCUCUGUGGCCCGCUUUACCAAAGUGUUGAAGCAUGACCUGGCCACCGGGAAGCUCCUUGACAUCUUGUUGUUAGCUUAG